GUUAACCAAACCUGACUGUACACUAUUUGUCGACACUUGACAGACGUCAAUUUAAAAGAUAGUAAUUUUUCUAAUUCAGAUUCGGAAAAGAAAAUUUUAAUUGUACCUGAUUGAAUUUGAGCGGACUUGAGGUGGUGUUGCAAUGGCCAAAGAGAUGAAGGAGGUGGACAUAUUUCGCGACACGUACGUGAGAUACCUUGGAUACGCUAACGAGGUCGGUGAAGCUUUUAGAGGUAUCGUCGCAAAAAAUUUGGUACGAUUUAGCUAUGCUGUAGCAAUCGGCUACGUUAUUGCUGACUCUUCGUGCAAGGCAGUUGUUGCCUAUCAGCAAGAACCAUCCCCGCAUAAAAUUAAACGAGUGGCUCUUUCAGCAUCUGAUUGCUUGAUAUGGCAAGGGUUUGCUUCUGUGGUGAUUCCCGGGUUUACUAUAAAUAGGAUCUGUUACUCUGUUCAAUUUGCGCAGAAAAAGUUUAGUGGCAAAAAAUUUCAAAGCCCUUGGAUUAGCGUAGCGAUCGGUCUGAUAUCCAUACCGUUUAUUAUUCAUCCCAUAGAUGCUUUGGUUGAAAAUGGAAUGAAUCUGACUUACAGAAAAUGGGUUGGCCACAGUCCCAAUAUAGCACCGGAUUAAUGUCAACUAAUUUCCAAGUGACACCACAGUUGUUCCAAGUCUCGUUAGUACAAAUUAACUAUCAAAGUAAAGACAAUGCUUUGCGCGCAAGCAGUAAAUUAUUUGUAACAUAAAGCGAUAUAAACAUUUUCAUCGAAUUAACCGCAUAUUUAAUGUUUUCCUUAUUGUUAAUUCAUAAUUGUUAUCAUGUAUACCUGUACGUUUUAUUAGAUUGAUUGUUACUAACAAAUAAAUAUUUACUAUAAAAUUGAUUUUCCUUCUUGGUGGUUCAUCCUAUGUACAAUAAGCUGUCAUUUUCCAUAUAACAAGCGACAAUUGACAACUACCUCAUCGGACUAACGAGGAAAAUGAAUCGCGUGUCUUUUGUUUCUGAAAGUUUACUCGGCAAAAAAGAAUCUUCCAAAGUCAUGUGUUUUCGAAUUUUUAUUCGUCAACAAAAAAUUGUGCAAAUGAGGAUUCAGGAUUCUUAUAUCCGGAUAAUAUGCUACAAUCAUAUCUUACCCGCUUCCUUAGCUUAUUCAUGAGCUUCACGUUACAAAUGCUCCUUAACUAAAUAAGUAGUCUACCCGACAACGUUCGCCGUAUGUCAAGACAGUAAGUGGUUGAAGCCAGUACACAAACAAAUAUGUAAACAGGUACUUGACUUUCAAAUAUUGUUGUUAAAUUGACUAUUAAGAGAACAGUUUGGUUAGUAUAGUCAGGUUGGUAUUCACUUCCUUCUCGAACACCAUGAAAUAGCACCGCAAGCGUUAGGGAAUGUCGUUUCAUGUAAAUGUUAAAUAAUUCAUCUUCCAUAGUACUUUAAAUAAUAAGAUAAAAUAUUAAACCAUCGCAUUUAUGUACAAUAUGAAAUUUGAAAACACUAAAAAGUAUUUAGAUGCAAUAGAGAUAAAUAAUUACCUUAUAGCUGUGCAAUGUUCUUAACGUGACAGUUAGUGAGUAAAUGUAAGUCGUGUAACAAUUUGUUAUUAUUUAUAUCAAAGAAACCUGAUGAUGGCAGGCGAGGCCUGCCAAAACGUCGUACAGAAAAUAAAAUUGAUUGCUAAAUGUGCAUCAUUCCAUCCCUGACCGUCAUCCAACGAAAUCAAAUCUUCAUAAUAUUUGGUUUAUCAAAACAUUUGUCACGAUU